AUGGAACAAGACAGCUUCUGCGAUGGCAGGUCUGCUCAGCAUGAAGCGGAGGACUACCGCCUCGCUACAGCCAAGAUGCCCUUGGAUGCUCUGUCAUGUGUCUGGAGAAAGGGCACCAACCGGCACCUGAAUCGCCGACAUGUAGAGAAACUGCGCAAUGCCUUCCAGCAAGGUAACUUGGAGCGACAAGAGGCUGAGAAGUUUUUGCUGGUGCAAUGCAGCGCCGAAGCUGUAGGCCGUAUGAUGAACCAUCUUGGGCAAUCGGGAAGUGGCUCGCAGUGCAAUCAGGUACUGUCAUUUGAGGACUGGCCGAUAAUCAACCCCAAUGAGAAGGCAGAAGUCAUGGCAGGCCAGCACAGGAUAGAGGCAAUGCGCGAGUAUGUGAAGCAAACGGGAGCAGAUAGUAAGGAGCUGUGGUGGACGUGCAUCGUAUAUGAUCGAGACCACAUCCCGGCAUGUCUCAAUGUCAAACUACGUGUCAACCGUCGCGGCCUAUCUCUACCCGAUAGCCAUGGCCAAAUCUGGAUGCAGCUCGUGCUGGUAAAUGACCAAUGCGAUUCUCUCUUUCAGGGAAAAAAGUACGAUGUUGAAAAGCAAAUGAUAGAUGUCCUACGACUGAGCACAACUGACAAGUUUCCUACGGCUCGACUCGUCACUCUCUGGAAAAACGACCGUUGGAGGCCGAUGAUCACUCGUUGGUGCAAGACACGGCUUGGUAGGAUGACUUUCAACAUUUCAACCUGGGACUGGAUGGCGAGCUAUCGAAUUGAUAGCUACUGGUUCACCACCUUCGAGCAGGUUCUCGGGUCACUUGCCAAGCUGCCUGAGGAGUGUGCAGACAGCCUGCAGGAUUCGGAUUGGACCAAGCUAGCAGAGGCACUAUCUAUUGAUCACACAGAAAUGGACGUCCAACGGCUCUUUUUCCCUGGCCAAACAAGUGACGAUUCCAGCCUCACGCGUCGCCAGGGUCUCCUGUCUGAGCUGAAUGGGGAUGCUUACGCUCGUGUCUAUCGCCGCCUCGUGGAUGGUCCCAGGCUGUUAUUCCCAGAUUUUCAAAAGCUUCUCAAGACAACCAAAGAGGCGGGCCGGAUCAUGAUGCAGGUCUUGGCUCACGUGGUCGCGUGGUUGAAUCCCAGUCCCACUGUCAUUAUAGAC